CUUGCAGCUCACCCGCUCGCCAACGAACCUCAGCUGCGAUGUGGAUCUGCAGUGGGGUCCAGAACGGACCCCUAAAAUUCCGUUGCGGUGAUCUUUUGAAAACACGUAAAUAAACUCCAAGGCGCGAGGGAGAAGAUCAGGUUCUCUUGACAUUGUCCGAACUCAUCGUCGGCAAACAUGGCGUCAAAUACCUUUGCUCUCGUCCGUACUGACACUAGCCUCCCGGAGAUACCCUCCAUCAAAGACGAUGAUUCCUUCGCCGAGAUCUCUAAGAAGCUAGCGCACUACAUUAUUGAGGCUGUCGACUCGCCUCUGAGUUGGGAGGACCUGCGUAGCAGCAAGCACCUCCAGCCUCUCCAGCCUCUCAUUGACUACCUGGCUACUGAGUGUCACCACAAUGCCGUCGUCGCCGCUUUGGUUGCCCUGAAGGGCCACUUCAAGGCACUAGAGUCAGACGAUGAUGCUGGCGUCAACGAGUCGCGUGGCUUUGCCAGCGAGCUGGUGGCAUGGCAAUUUGUCCUGACGCUGUCGAAGCAAGAUGCUCUGGAGUAUUUGUUGUUCGAGCUGCGUGAUGACGACGACGACGACGAGUCAGAUGACGAAGAGAAUGCUCUUUUGACUCGCAGGCAUCGGCCAGCGCACAUAAAUGGGCGGGUUGCAAACCUUGUCAACGGUCACAGCACCAAUGGCAAUGCAGAUGGCGACGCCACCAAGCCUAACAACGGCGAGGGUUUCACUGAGCCUUUCAUGAACCUGAACACCCUUGAGAUCGCGGCAGUCUCCGGGGCCAAGAAGUUCCUCAGCCAGCGGGCCAUCCAGGAUAUCGUGGAUGGAAUCUGGUACGGCAAGAUUGUCUUCUGGAACAGGCUCAAGGUGAACGCGGUUAAGAAACCACGGUUUCACCAUAAGAGGACCGAGGACUAUUGGUGCCGCCUGCGAGUACCCCGCUACAUGAAGAUUUUCGAGAUCGGCUUCUUCGUCUGCUGGCUGGGACUAUUCUACAUCGUGUGUUUGGAGAGAGUCAAGGGGUACGUCACCGGGUGGGAGGUUCUCUUCUACAUCUUCACCCUGGGAUUCGUCUUCGACGAGCUUGAUGACUUCAUGGAGUCCGGUAUCUACUUCUACGCCACGGACAUCUGGUCUAUGUGGGAUAUCGGUAUCGCGCUGAUCGGCAUUGUCUUCUUUGUGUUGCGCAUGAUCGGCCUGAGCAAUGGCAGCGACAAGACAUUGGAGUGGGCGUUCAACAUCUUGGCGCUCCACUCUCUGCUUCUGAUCCCACGCAUCUUCUCCCUGGUCAGCCUGAGCCCUUACUACGGCUGUCUGUUGCCAUGCUUGAAGGAGAUGGGCAAGCAGUUCAUUCGAUUCCUGGGCUUCACACUCAUCAUCUAUCUCGGAUUUUUCACCACCUUCAUCAUGCUUGCUAUGGGUCAUUACCCGCUGGACUCGCUUUCCAUCACAAUCCUCAAGUGCUUCUUUGGCGCUGGUGUGCAGGGCUUCGAUAUCGCUCAAAAGGUCUCGCCAUACCUUGGACUACCUGUCAUGGUCAUCUUUGUCGUCUUGACCAAUCAGCUUCUGAUCACCUCUAUGAUGGCACAUAUCAGCAACAGUCUGCGCCAAGUGCUCGAAUCAUCCCGCGAGGAGUACCUUUUCGUCUAUUCAGUCUAUGUCCUGGAGGCUGUGACUUCAGAUAAGAUGACUUACUUCCAAGCACCAUUGAACCUGAUCCCAGUAGUCUUGUUGAGGCCGCUGCUAUAUAUUGUUCCCGAUACCACGGCCGAUCAGAUUCGCAUCAUGCUUCUCAAGGGAACCCACUCUCCUUUCCUCGGCGCUAUCUGGCUGUGGGAGCACUGGGAAGCCCUUGCUCUGAAGCGCGAGGAAGAGGAACGUGUGGCGAUGGGUCUGGACCUCGAUGUGACCGACAACAACACCGCCUCUACCAGCAGCACCAACCAACCCAAGCCCAUCAAGGGCAAGACGAACACUCUUUCUUCUAGCAAGAAGCACAGCCUCACCAAGACCGGCAAGGUUAAGAUCCCCGCAGCGCUGCUUGCCUCCGCAUCCAAGAGACCAUCCAAGAAGAGUGGAGUCUCACCAGACACCGCCGGCCGUGUCAAUGUGCCUUCUACGACCUUGACCAACGGAAGUGCGCCUGCUCCACCGCCACCACCUGCUCCACCUGCACCUGCACCUGCACCUGCACCUGCACCUGCUCCUGCGCCCGCUUCAGGGCCUGAGCCUACGGCAGGCCAAGCCGUGUUGGCAGGCGGCUCGGCUGAUAUUGUCGAGAUGAUGCGCAUGUUGAAGGAGUUGAGUGUCCAGGUUGAGGAAGUCAGAGCGGCUCUGGUUAAGCACGACCAGGGUCCUGAGAUUCAGUAGAGAGUUGAUAAUCAAUGACAUCCAGUGGUGGUUAACUGGUGCUCACCUAUUCUCGAGGAAAGUGGGAAUGGGGGCACAUUGUUUUCUACACUACCUAGUAGGGUAGUAUCAAUGAUAGUAAGGCACUUCCAAGUGCUGACCAAAGUGGAUCGAUCCUGUUGAUCGCCAAGCCCGAAUGCAGCGUUGGCAAUUUCAGUCUUAU